AAUCUCAUCUCAGUAUUUGUAUCUGUGACAUCUGUGUGUGAGUGUGUGUAUCUUUAGUUAAGACAUGUGAUAAGUUUUUGUUUUUCCAUGUUUAAAGCAUUAUAAAUUAUAAUUCAUAGAAAUAAUUUAAUAUCAUGAAAUAGUAAAUAUGUGCCUGAUUUACGCAUUAAACCCCGCUUUACAGACGUUCAAACCGCUAUGAUAUCACGUAUAUUCAGUAGGCCAAAGGAUCAUCUGUUUUUUCAAUUCAUUAUCCUUAUACUAAUAGUCAGUGUUGUCUAUUUAUACUUGAAUCAUCUUCAAGAAACAUACAAGACUGCACAGUGGUCGGGAGAGCGAUGUAUAUCUGAGUUAGCCUCGGUUAAAUAUCAAUUAAGUGUGGUCACAGACUACAAAAAUCGAAUAGAUAAAAUGCUGACUGAGGCCCAAAAUGCUCAUGACGCUGACAAGGAAAAGUUUAAGGACAUCAUGGAAAGCUGCAUUGCUAUGAAACAGCAAGCUACCAUUUGUCAGACCCAGUUUGAGGACCUGCAAUUGGAAUGCAAAAAAGUUAGAGAAGACUAUGAUAAGAUAUUUUCUAAACCUGAUAAAUUAAAACUUGGUAGAUGAACUUUCCAAGUUAUAUUUUUAUACAUUUGUAUACUUUUUAGAUAAAUAAUAAAUAUUUCUUGUAAAUA